UGAGAUUUAGGGCUUCAUUCGCUUCAAUAAUCUCAAAAAAUGAAACUGAUUAAAUCACUGCUAUAGAUCAUUAAAAUUAUUGAUCACUUUUCACUACCUUAGAAAUUACAGCGAUGAUGAUGAGUAUUCGGUUGCAAACAAAUUAAAAAAAAGCUUUAAAUUUUCCAUUCUAUUGUAACCGCCCAUUUGUUAAUGAAUUAUUAUUUAAUACACCCGUAUUCUGCUAUUCGAUUCACGUGAAUCAAAAGAUUUCCUUACUUUACCACUUCAACAUGGCUUUGAAAAAAAGCUAAAUUUAACAAAACGUUGUUUCCCUGUGUUUUAGAAAUUUUAAAGAAAAAAAAAUUGUUUAAGUUUAAUAUUAACCCCCAUUUAAACGCUUCUAAUUUUAGACUUUCACGUAAAUCGAAUAGCAGAAUACGGCCGAUAAUGUGACUUUAAUUCCCAUCUAGAAAAUAAAUUUUAUGCAGUUAUUAAUUUUCAUUUUCAUUAACUAAUGAACCGUUUUCAACCUAACUUGGUAUAAUUUUAUCUAAUGUAUUUUCGAACAAUAUGAGAUGGAGAGCCCCUAUAAGCUUUGCAAUCCAUGCACCAGGCUAUGAUUUUGCAAAAGCUUUAGAAUCUAUUCAAUAUGUUCGGAAUUGCCUUAAAGAUAGUAGUCUUAUAAGAUCCUAUGUGACAUUUCAUUUAUAUUUCAAUCAAGAUCACAUGCCCAAUGAUAUUCCAUUUAAUGAAACAGAAGCACUUAAUACUCCAUACUAUUGUUCAAUGCCACCGCCAUAUAAAGACGUUAUACCAGAUUCGAUGUACAAGAAAAAACAAAAGCUGUUCUAUCCAAUCAAUGUGGGUAGAAAUAUUGCCCGAAAAGCUGCUUUAACACAUCUAAUAUUGGCCAGUGAUGUCGAACUCUAUCCGAGUUUAGGAUUUGUGGAACAGUUUCUUGAUAUGGUUAUGAGAGAUCCAAGUGUUUUAGGAGUUGAUGAUGAUAAACCAAGAGUUUUUCCUUUAGCGACUUUUGAAAUUGAUGAACAAGCAACGAUACCUGAUACAAAGAAAGAACUUCAAAAACUCCUUAAAGAAAGGAAAGCUAUUUCUUUUCAUCUUAAAGUUUGCUUUGAAUGUCAUAGUAUUCCUAAAUUGGCUGCUUGGAUUAAGGCGAAUGAAACGAAUCAACUUAAUGUAUUUACUGUUGGCAAAAGAUAUGACAAACAAGCUUCUUGGGAGCCAUUUUAUGUAAGCGAUAAUCGUGAACCGUUUUUUGAUGAACGUUUCACUUGGGAGGGUAAAAAGAAUAAACGUAUACAGGCUUAUGCAAUGUGUUUACUAGACUAUGAAUUCCAUGUUUUGAAUAAUGCUUUUCUGAUACACAAACCAGGAAUUAAGAUUUACAAAUAUAAUACACUUCGAGUAGAACAAACUGCACUUAUGAACAAGCUGGUGAACAAUACAAUUAUACCAGAAUAUAAAAAAAUAUAUGGAAAUAGAAAAAAAUGUUUACCUUGAUAAUUUUGUAAAUUAUAAAUAAUAAUUAAAAUUUUGUUUUCUUAUACGAUAACCUACAUAAAGAAUUAUAAAAAAGAAUGCCAUGGAUGCGCCUGUUUAUAACAAGGUCAUAUCUUCAAACCAAAACCUGUUUGGAGGCCUAGGUCCAAAGAUAUCUGCUCCCGCAU